AUGCUGUUUUUGACGAUAAUGCUCGAAAGUGAGCAUGGAGAACUUAUUCUAACUCGUCUAAAUAUUCAAAAAAUCCUCGAAAAUGAUAUGAAAUUGUACGAAAUUCAGGGAAUUAUAUUCUCGAAAUCAUCGACGAUUCAUGGAAUGAUUAAUAAAAUCACAUCGGAUUCGAUUAAUUUGUUAUCCGGGAUUUUGGAGCAGAAUAUUGAAUUGAAUAAAUUGAUAAUUAACACAAGUUUGGCUCAAAAUAAUAUCUAUGAGAAUGAGAUUGAAAUUCGAAAUAAGAUUAUUAUCGCGAAUGAUCAUAAGACAAUGACUUAUAAAGGUGAAAUCACAUUAUUUGAUGGAACUAAACAAGAAGUUGAGAUUGUUGAACCAAGUCCAGCUAUGGAUUCCGAUGAUUUUAGGAAGAAGAUUUUCGAGGAAUUUCGAUUCAAAAUGCGACAACUGCCUGUGAGAUUGCCUAUUGCAGCGGUUUUAUCAACUCCCGCUUUAAUGUUCCCGUAAGUAUUAGUCAUUUAGCUGAAGGCGAGCGUUUUGCGCCAGUGUAAACCGGAAAUUUCCGCGUAGCGGCCACACGCAGGCUUGGGUUUAGUCUUAAGGAUAAGCCUGAGGACCAAACCUAAGCUUGGGUCCGGCCGGAAGCUUGCGGUUUACACUCGCGCAAAGCGCUCGAAGGACCUAAGCUCAGGUUUAGUCCUUAGCUGAGGAGUUAAGCUAAGGAUUAAACCCAAGCUUAGGUCCGGCCGCUGCGCGGAAGCUUACGGUUUGAACUCGCGCAGAGCGCUCGAAGUAUAGUUGUACAUCGACUAAACGACAUUUUCAGGUUUUUUAGGCAAAUGAGUUGAAAUUUUGGAUUCUAAUGUUAUUCAUAUGAUAGAAUGGUCUAAAACGAACAGAAUGAUAUAAAUUUUGAUGAGUUUACCUUAUCCAUAAGUGAUUUAGCGAGCUUAUCGACUAAACCUCGCUAAAUCACUUAUGUCUAACGUAAAGUCAUCAAAAUUUAUAUCAUUCUGUUCGUCUUAGACCAUUCUAUCAUAUGACUAACAUUAGAACCCAAUAUUUCAUCUCACUUGCUUAAAAAAACAUGAAAAUGUCAAUUAGUCGAUGUACAACUAUACAAAAAGUGGCGGCCUAGAAAUCCAGUUCUAGGCCACCAAAACCAACAUCUAUUUUCAGAGCUGGAAAAGGCUACAAUUUGUGCUAUAUUCUAUGCAAUUAUCAACAUUCGCUAGAUUUCGUUCAAAGAAUCAAAAUUUGCUCCAGCAUUUGCCGAGUUUUUUCCGAAGUUUUAGCCGACGAUUUCUAUCACGGUGGAAUUUUGGCCGAACAUUUCUAUUGUCAACAAAUUGACGAAAGUGAAACAGGUGUCAAAACGAUGGAAUUGAUGUUUGCAAGUGCUGAUGGUCUUGUCGAUUCUCGAAUCGAAAAACGAACGAAUAUGAUUGAUUAUGAUCAAUAUGCACCCGAAGUUUCGUUUACACGCAUUUUGAAUCGACCAAGCGGAGUUUUCAAUACGGGGAAAUUGUUUGCGAGGAUUUUGCAACCGGAUUUGGUGAAGGAAGAGAAAUGUAAGCUUUUUUCCCCCGAAAACCUAGAAAAACUCGAAAUUUCAGCAUGGCCCGGUGCUCUCAAAGCUAUGAAAGUGCUAAUCGACAAAAGUGUUCGACCAAAUCCAUAUGAUCGCCCAACAAUUGAUGGAAUGGUUAUAAUGUGUCGCCAUAUUUUGACUCUACUUGAACUAUCGCCAAAAUCCGAUUGUAAAUUCAAUUUUGUUCAUUAUAAUCAGUAUGACUGA